AUGGCGCACGACUCGCCAAUUGGGAAGCUCGUAUGGAUGCGGCUUAAACAACCUCGACACGUCUUAUACGGUCAGAUUGAGGACAUCGACCCCCCGAACUCGAUCACUUUUAGAGAUGUCGUGUUUCCUGGGUCGAGUACGUACCUCGCGCAAUGGACCGUCCAGUCCACUGCGAUCGACGAUACCGCCAUUGUGAAUAGUUUUCCCCCAGAAGUACUCGAAGUCCUUCGAUCCCAACCACAACCGCACCAGCAGCCUGCGACGAUUCCUCCGCAAAUGUCUCACGCGCAUCCACCGCCUCCCGCGUUCCAGUACCCCCAGCAAUUGCCCAAUGGCCACCACCCUGCGCCAUCGAUGCCGCAUUCCCCUUUUGCUGGCUCAGUGCCGGUUCCUGUGAAUCGAAUCGCUGAACUGCCUGCUCGUAUCACUGCUUCUCCUGCACCCCAAGCAGCCGUGGGACAGCAGUCAGUACCAGCCUUCGUCGAUCCAGCGAUUCUGAGCUACGACACGUCGUCGCCGGUGCAAAGGAGACGGACAUCAAAGCCGGCAGGAUUGGAAACACCCAUAAAGUCAAUGCUGACACGAGCUGCCGCCAACUUGCCCAGUCCUAGCUCGCCAUUCAUAGGAGACAUUACCAAAGCCAAUGUCGCGCAAAAGAUGGCUGCGGCCAAGCAAGCUGGAGCAGCCCAGCAACAGCCGCCUGUACCUGUAGCAUCAAAACCUAGUGUGGAGGCUGCUCUCGGCGACGAUGUGCAAAAUCCAGUGGUGGAGAAUGGCGGGAAGAAGAAAGUCAGGCGAGGUCAGAAAGUAAAGAAGCAGCCACCAGAUGCUGGUCAAGACCCACCUCCAGUGAUGAAUGCUGAAGUCUCCCGGAACGGAAACGAUAUGAACGGCCAAGUGAAGCGGGGCAAGGGUUGGAGGAGCACGCCUUUGUUGCAGCCAUCUCCAUCGGCCGGUCCUUCCUUGGACCAAGCGAACACCAAAAAGAGCAGACGAAAACAUAAGGGCGAGCUGGAGCAGGAAUUCGCGCAAGGAGAUACCACAGACAUACAGGACAUGGGAGACUUUGAUUUUGACGCUGGGCUCAAGAAAUUUGAUAAGAAGCAAGUAUUCGACGAGAUCAGGCAAGGAGAUACCACAGCAGAUGAAGACAGACUUGUCAGCCACAACAAGGCUCGUCCAGGCACCUAUGGUGGAAAAAACCUACACCCGACCGAGAACGUCCUGUCUCCUAAGCUGGAGACGAAGUACAACAGCAACGAAACGGACAACACUAGCGAUGCUGACACGGAGCUUGGGCUUGGUCUUGCCAAUGGAAGUUCCUCGUCCAAGCAUUCCGUUUCGCGCAAAGUGUUCCCGAAGACAAGACCUAGCAGGCAGAAUAGUGCGCAAGUGGACUCUCUCCCAAGACCGCCGCCCCAUCUGCUGGCGGCAUCGCUCAGUUCAGAUCGCGUCCGCGAUAGGUCGACCACCUCGCGUGUGAGUAGGGGAAAGCAAGCUACUUCGUUGGCUACAUCCUCGCCCAAACCAGACCGAGCAAACUCGCCUUCAGCUAUCUCAGUCACCAAGACAGCAAUCCAAGGUUCAGCGAAGAAUCAGGAUCCACAUUUCGCAAUCUCAUCGCACAUGUCCACAUGUCCCACCCUUUUACCCAAGGCAUUGGAGAAUCUGGAGGCUGCGACUGUCUCAACAUUUAGUCUGAGCCAGGAAGCAAUUGCAGAGAAUGCCGCUCGCAGUGUUGCAGAAACAGCAUUGCACCUAUCAGAAGCGCAUAAGGGGCUACGGCGCCCGUCGAGAACUAACACCAUGCGAGGUAGUAUGACAGGCAGUAUGACGUUAAACAGCCCGCCAGAGUCCUCGACGAUUGUCAUCCUGGCUGGCAAUCACGACAUUGGUGCCCGCGCCCUCGCAGCGGCUCGCCACCUUCUCGGACGAAAUGUAAAGAUCAUUGCGGUCGAGUCAACCUUCGAGUCGGCAGCAACGCAGCAUCCGCACGUACAUGCACAGCGCGCGAUUCUCCGUAAACUAGCUCAGGCGGGCGCCAAAGUUAAGCGUGGAGCAUGGCACAAGUGUCAAAAAGCGAUCAAGAAUCUAACAGGUCCACCUGUGGUCAUCAUCGACGCACUUCUCGCUGGAGCAACGUUUGAGAGCCUGCUAGAGCCAAAUGCAGAUUUUAGUGCGCUUGUACAACAGGAGACAAGAGAAAUGAUCGAUUGGGCGAACCGGAGCAGAGCCCCUGUGCUGAGCGUCGGCUGUCCCAGUGGUGUUUCGGGUGUCGAUGGGGUCUCUACCAUUGUCGAAGGAGAGCCACUUGCAGUCCGUCCUGAUCGCGUCCUUGCCCUGGGUGCUCCAAUGUCAGGCUUACUGAAAGCCACCGAGGCAGGCGAGAGAUGGAAUAUUAGUCUGGCCGACAUUGGCAUUAACAUUGGGCUAAAGGUGGAAGACCAAGUGGUUUUCGGAGAGUCCUGGAGUGUCAAUCUGAAGUACGUGGACGAAGAAGCCAUGUCGUAG